AUAUAGAAUUACGACACAUAUACAAUACAAUUUUAAUUAAUGAUAAUAUAAAAUCUGGUACUUCUAAAAAUAUUCACUAUUUAUUCUUUUUUUUUUAAUGAAAGUAUCUUCUUAAACACACAAAAUAUUUUGUGACGUUGCAAUUAUACAUACACACAAUAUCUGCUUCUUCAUACUGACGUUACUGUGUUCCCUCUCGUCCAUCUCAAAUAUUGACUACCAGCUUUUUUCCAUGACUGAUGAAUUCCCCCAAAGACGGUGGUAUUAUGUUGUAAAAUCUGUUACUUCUAAAAACUAUAUAAUAUUUAUUUCAUAUUUUAAAUUUUUUUAUGUCCGGUGCGGACCGGUCACCUAGUAGAUUUCUAAAACAUAAAUUACACUUAAAUAUUUUAAACUAGCUUAAUCACGAAGAUAUAUCCAUGAUUUUAUCUCUUGUUACAAUCAUCCUUGAUAACGAAACAUGAAGGUCAAGCACCAAAGUCUUCUACCAAUUUUCCACCACGGAUUUUUGAUCGAGUUAAACUUGUGGUGACGACUCUUCCCGUGUAGAAAAAAGAAGACCGACUUUUCUACACUCUCCACACUAUAAAUUAACUUAGUUUCUCAUAAGCUCAAAUAUCUAAAUUAGAGCCAACUUCUAUUUCAAAAAAAUUAUAUAGCCAUGUUCGUGAAGCUCUUCACCAUUGUCUUCUUCAGCCUACUCUCUCAAUUUCCAAAAUCAUAUUCCCAAAUUAUUGACUUCACUUACAAUGGUUUCCGUCCACCACUGUCUGACAUAUCCCUCCAAGGGAUCACCACCGUCACCCCCAAGGGUCUCUUGAUGCUAACGAACUACACCGUGCAGAAAACGGGACACGCCUUCUAUACCAAACCAAUCCGGUUCAAAGAUUUUCCGAACGGCACCGUUUCUUCCUUCUCCACAACAUUCGUCUUCGCUAUUCAUUCUGAAAUCCCGAUACUUAGUGGCCACGGCAUGGCUUUCGUUGUUGCUCCGUACGAAAGUCUCCCUUACGGAACAGCAAGUCAGUACAUGGGUAUCUUCAACAUCACAAACAACGGUAAUGACACAAAUCAUGUCUUUGCAGUCGAACUGGAUACCAUCCGGAAUAGCGAGUUUAAUGAUGCGGACGAUAACCACGCCGGAAUCGAUAUCAAUGGCUUGAUAUCAGUGAAAAGUUCGCGGGCUGGGUACUGGGACGAGACAGGUCAGUUUAAGAAUCUGAGCUUGAUAAGUCGUAAGCCAAUGCAGGUUUGGGUCGAUUACGAUGAUCUUACACAUCAGAUCGAUGUAACCAUGGCCCCUUUCAAACAUGAUAAACCUAAAAAACCACUUGUUUCUACUGUAAGGGAUCUAUCUUCCGUUCUUUUGCAAGAUAUGUUUGUUGGUUUUUCGUCCGCGACAGGUUCCGUUCUUUCAGAACAUUAUGUUCUUGGCUGGAGUUUCCAAGUUAAAGGGAAAGCUCCGCCGUUGGCCUUAUCGAGACUUCCCAAACUUCCAAAAUUUCCGAGGGUGGGGCCCACGAAAAUCCACAGCUUCUAUGAGAACGGGAUGCCGUUAAUUUCACUUUUGUUAAUACCUCUUUUGAUUAUUUCCAUGCUCAUCUUACUCGUACGCUUCAUCAUAAGGAGGAGGAGAAAGUUCGAGGAGGAACUCGAAGAUUGGGAAACAAGGUUUGGGAAGCAUCGAUUGAAGUACAAGGACUUGUACCAUGCCACCAAAGGGUUCAAGGAGAAGGACCUUCUCGGAUCAGGUGGGUUUGGAAGCGUGUAUAGAGGUGUCAUGCCUAAGACAAAUAAAGAGAUUGCUGUGAAAAGAGUCUCCAACAAAUCCCGACAAGGGUUGAAAGAGUUUGUGUCUGAGGUCGUGAGUAUCGGUCGGAUGAGCCAUCGAAACUUAGUCCCUCUCAUGGGUUAUUGCCGCAGGAGGGACGAGCUUCUUCUGGUGUACGAUUACAUGCCCAAUGGAAGCUUAGACAAGUAUUUGUACAAUAAUCCGGAGGUUACCCUCGACUGGAGACAGAGGAUUAAAGUCAUUAACGGCGUGGCCUCCGCCUUAUUCUACCUUCACGAGGAAUGGGAACAAGUGGUGAUUCACCGCGAUGUCAAAGCAAGCAACGUCUUGUUAGACGCGAACCACAACGCGAGACUCGGGGAUUUUGGUUUAGCUCGAUUGUGCAGUCAUGGUUCGGACCCUCAAACCACCCGAGUCGCUGGAACAUGGGGAUACCUAUCCCCCGAUCACGUCAGGACAGGAAGGGCCACUACUGCUACCGAUAUUUUUGCCUUUGGGGUGCUACUACUAGAAGUAGCUUGCGGUAGACGUCCUAUCCAGAUUCAGAACGAGGGUGGUGAGAGGGGCUUGCUCUUGGAUUGGGUUUUUGAGUUUUGGAGUGAUGGAAACAUUUUGGAUGCUAAGGAUCCGAAUCUAGGGACGGAAUGUGAUCAAAGAGAAGUCGAAAUGAUUUUGAAACUAGGUUUGUUGUGCUCUCACUACAACCCACAAGCUCGACCAAGUAUGAGACAAGUGUUAAAUUAUCUAAGUGGAGAUGACGUGCUACCAGAUUUGUCACCAUUGGAAUUUCGUGGACUGGGAAUCCACCAUGGAAUUGGUGAGCUAGACAUGUUUACAUGUGGAUCUUCGAUGGUUGAUUCUAUAGUCUCUGGUGGGAGGUGAUUUUGAAUAUCAGAAUUAAUGCUUAUGUACAUGUCUUACAUUACAGACCGUAGAAAAGUACUAUCCGCAUGAAAUAUGGACCAUGGUGUACCUUUACGUGAAAUAAAUGAAACUUUAUGAACGUAGGCCAUUUUACACUUGCAUUCAUUGUAGAGGUGGUUGAUAGCUGGUUGAAUGGACGCUUGUAUUGAAAAGAGAAUUUGCGUUUCCACGUCUCUUGAACAGCAUGCACCAGAAAUUAUGUUUAUGUUGUAUGAGUGUCAAAUGGGAUAUCUAUGUUCAAAGGGACAUAUCCAAAUAAGAGUUUACUUAUGUAACACUUGUCCUUAAGAUCUUCAUUUAAUCUUUAAAAGAUUUCUUUCCAA